AUGGAUGCCGCUCAGCAUGUCAUUGCCAUCGCCGGUGGACCAGCCUUUGCAGCGGCCACCUUCGUUGUCAGCGCUAAGGCAAACCUUCUCGCCAUGAUACUUCACCAUCUUGUCAUCGACAUUUUCUUGUGGCAAGUCGUUGUUAUACAUGGACCCGAAGCACGGCUGGAGUGCCCAAGAAAUGCUCCACCUUUGCUGGGCGACCUGGUGAACCACAAAGUGGACGUGCACUGGGCAUCAAACCCCCAAAAGCCUUGUUCUUCCGAGCGCGCUCAUUCCUGUGAGGACUACAGCUCAAUGCCAAUAUCUGUGCUGAUUUUGUCCGGAAUGCCCUCGGCUGCGACAAGGCUACGGGACGAGACCUUCGAGUAUAUCUCGCAUCCUGAGUCGGCUCACUACUAUGCCUCCCCCCUCCUUCUUUUCUCCGACGUACCAUCUGGCGUGGACAUCAUCGCCGUCCAUAUCUGCAGAUUACGAUCGAAGCUGGCCAACCCCAGCGACUGA